GGGGGUCCUUUUUUAUCCUCAGCGGGCGGAGGUGUGUGGCGGCGGCUCGGUUCAUGUUUUCAGCCCGUUUCUUGGUAAAGAUGGCAGCCAACAAUGCAGUGCUGAACAGACUGGAGCAGAAGGGUGCAGAGGCCGAUCAAGUUAUUGAAUACCUCAAGCAACAAGUUGCUCUGCUCAAGGAGAAAGCUAUCUUGCAGGCAUCUCUCCGAGAAGAGAAGAAGCUCCGUGUGGAAAACGCUAAACUGAAGAAAGAAAUUGAAGGGCUGAAACAGGAGCUGAUCCAGGCAGAAAUUCGAAAUGGAGUAAAACAGAUCACAGUUCCUCCUGGUACAGCCGUUUCUACAGCUUCGGUUUCAGAUGAUAUUUCACAAACUACAGCAGUCGCAUCAUCUACUGGUUCCAAGGAUGAAAAUAAAGGUGAAGAUGAAGAAAAGAAAAAGAAGGAAAAAGCAGAAAAAAAAGGUGACAAGAAGGAGAAGAAACAGCAGCCAGCUGCUGGAAGUAGUGAUGCAAAACCUGUAGAUGUUUCUCGACUGGAUCUUCGUGUUGGCUGCAUUAUCACUGCCAAAAAGCAUCCAGAUGCAGACACUCUGUAUGUUGAAGAAGUGGAUGUUGGUGAAGCAAGCCCAAGGACUGUUGUCAGCGGUUUAGUGAAACAUGUUUCUCUGGAUCAGAUGCAGAAUCGAAUGGCAAUACUACUCUGUAACUUGAAGCCCGCAAAGAUGAGAGGAGUAGUAUCUCAGGCAAUGGUGAUGUGUGCCAGCUCCCCAGAAAAAGUGGAAAUUCUGGCUCCCCCACCCGGGGCAGUACCUGGAGAUAGAAUCACUUUUGAUGGUUUUCCUGGAGAUCCUGAGAAGGAACUUAAUCCCAAGAAGAAGAUUUGGGAGCAGAUUCAACCUGAUCUUCAUACCAAUGACCAGUGUGUUGCUACAUACAAAGGAGUUCCUUUUGAAGUGAAAGGAAAAGGAGUCUGCAGGGCAGAGACCAUGGCAAACAGCGGAAUUAAAUAAAUAAAUGGUUGUUAGAAACUUUUUUUAGAUGUUGAGAUGGAAAGUAAUGCAAGCACAAUAAAAAACAUGAAAUGCA